CUAUUCUACUCCUCUACGUGUUUACAUUUUUAGGUUAUGUUGCAUGUCUCCGGUCUCUCAUGAACGCAGUUUGCCUGUCUCGUGCCUGAAGUUGAAAGUUCAUUCCCUCGAUAAUGAUUGAAAUUCGUCCUUAGUUUCGUCAGUUCGCUUGCCGUUUUCAUCUCUUGUUAUUAUUUCUCAACUAACUUCAACCUCCCGACUCUUUGGAGUUCAAGGAUAGUUUAACACCAAGUGACUUAGUGUUGUGUGUAUGAAAGCAUUACCCAUUACAUCAUGAAAUUAACUGAAGAGAAUGAAGAGGACAUUCCAGAAUUUCCAGAAACUUUUUUUGUAGACUAUGUGAAGUUGACUCAUUUUGUCGCAGGAGUCUCCGGAGGUGUUGCAUCAACUCUCAUUCUUCAUCCACUCGACCUCCUAAAAAUUAGAUUCUCAGUAUGUGAUGACAGGACUCCUGAUCGCAAGCACCUAGGAUUAAAGCAAACGGUACAAUCAAUCUAUAGAACAGAAGGCUGGGAGGGCUUUUUUAAAGGUGCCUAUCCAAACUUUUUUGGAUGUGGUCUCUCGUGGGGUUUUUAUUUCCUUUUCUAUAGCGAUCUGAAGAGUUUAAUGCAAGGCGGAGAUGCAACUAAAGAUAUUGGACCUUUCAAGCACAUGCUUGCUGCAUCAACAGCAGGUGCAGUGACGCUUGCCAUAACAAACCCCAUUUGGGUAACCAAAACCCGACUGUGCCUUCAGCAGCAACAGAACAAAAAUCCUCAACUUCACUAUGCAGGCAUGAGAGAUUGUAUGGCCAAAAUCUGUGAAGAAGAAGGUUUUCGAGGACUAUACAAGGGAUUUGUGCCCGGUCUGCUGGGCGUUUCUCAUGGAGCAAUUCAAUUUAUGAUUUACGAAGAGUUCAAAAGUUCAUCCAAUGUCAGGCAAGGAAGACCAAUCAAUUCACAACUUGAUACUAAGGAAUAUAUUUUGUAUGCGGCUGUAUCUAAGGUCAUUGCCUCAAGUCUUACUUUCCCAUACCAGGUGAUUCGAUCAAGGCUGCAGGACCAGCACCGUCGAUACAGAGGAUUCAAACACUGUGUUAAAUUAACCUAUGAUAGAGAAGGCUGGAAGGGUUUUUACAAAGGUCUUACUCCUAGUCUAAUCCGGGUGGUUCCAUCAACAAUUAUCACUUUUGUAGCUUACGAGAAUAUUUCUUCGUUCUUGCGUAGUAAAUGGACUAGCCAUGAAAAUGAAGCUUAAGGUUACCCUUGUCAAUUUACUGUGUAGCUAGUGUUGUUUGUAUAUUUUAUGUCUCGUACUCUCUUCAUGGUACCAUUUUUCUUUCGUGAAGUUGAAAAGUAGCUCUGAAGCACCUUGUUUAUAGUGAUUCAGGUUUUUUGGACUGUUGUGACGCAAGAUUAACCAACCUCUCAUUAAAAUUUGAGGAUAUAAAAAGCAGUUUAUUAAUUAUGCAAUAUGAAGGUGAAGAGUCAGAGUCUAGACCAGUGUUUCACGAAGCAGGGAGUCAAGCAAUACAUUAUGUCAUGUAUUAGUUGCUGAAAAGGGCUGAUCUUCUGCAGAUCAUUGUUAAAUGUUUCAAAAAAUUUUAACAACCUCUGAUUUAUAUGGUUUAAGGAAAGGCCGUCCUCAGUGUGAUGGGACUUUUUAGCUAUGAUCCAGUCUAGCAUAUCAAGGAGAACAGGGAGUUAUGCGUUUCGCCUGUGGUCGGCCCUCACCUUGGCUUCAGGCUCAAUUUUUAAAACCCAUCUAAAAUUAUUUAGGAGCAUGUAUGAUUUCUGACACGGCUGUUCAUUUAGCACGAAACUUUAAGAGGAGUAAAAUGCAGCUGAAGUAUCGAGUUUUUGCCACUUUCCUACAAUGCCAAGUCCUAAUUUUCCAGUUCAUUUUUCCUUGUGCGGUCUGAUAUCAUUAUAAUAUUAUCGUAGAAUGGAAUCCAUCAAUAAAUUCCUAUUGACUUAAGUUUGAACAUGUCUAAAGAGCUAUAUAGAAACAGUGUCCCAUUUUCAACUGAAAUUCCAAUCAAAAUAAUGCAUGCAUUAAUUCAAUGUGAAAAAAGCAGUUAUUCCUAUUAAUAGCAAAUAUGCAGCGCAUAGAUAUUUUUUUGUCAUUUGCUCUAACAAUUAUUCCUCAAUAAUCUCAUGCUGAUUUUCAUUACUUUUUUGUUCUUUUCUCCCCUCACUAUGACAGUUUCUUUAGUUCUAUGUAGAUCCUAUCCUUAUUUAUAAGUUCAGGUGAAUCACGAAUUGACCUAAUGUAAAAUCUGUGCUAUUUUCAUCUUCAUUGCUUAAACUCGAAGUAUAGAGAUAUUGUACGUAUCCCAUUCUGCUUUUGCUACCUCUGGUGUGAGAAUCAUUUCGACUGUUAAUUGUAGCAAAUCCUAUGUAUCAACAUCACUAGUUUGUGAUUAAAUAUUUACCCUUUACUAUCCAAACUUUAUUUGAAUCACUAAAUAUAAAAAGGGCACAUGUCCAGAAAACUAAAUUGUUCAGGAGACACAAAAAACUGUUUAUUUCAUGGUAGAUAUUUUUUUAAACAUAACGACUUUCCAAAAAAUAUCUACCACGAAAUAAACAGUUUUUUGUGUCUCCUGAACAAUUUGGUUUUCUAGACAUGUGCCCUUUUUGUAUUUAGUGAUUCAUUUGGAAGUUUCAUAAGUUCUUAUGAUCUGUUCAUUUGCCUAUCUCUAAGUCUAUUUCAUGUCACUUAUCACCCAAUUAUUACAUUCAGCGUUAUUGUUAUACCCUUAUAAUAAAAAAAGGCUAGUUUGACACCAUGAUUCAUUCCUAUGUAGUUAACUGUGAUGAGAAUGAAUUAGAUAUUGAAUGGACCAAGUCAAAAAAGUAAAUCCUUGAAACCUGAUUCAAGAGCCCUCUGGUCAGAAAAUCCUCUAAUUUUGAGAAGAAAAUAUUUUAAAGAGAAAAAAAAGCUCAUAAAGUAUAAUUAAUUCAAAGACUUUGUCUGCGAUCAAUACUGCUCCUCAGUUGUUCAAUUUUCUGUUUGAUGGUGUCGUGAGCUCUUCUCUAAUAUUGAAAUAAUGUAAGUCAUAGUAAGGUACCCAAGAAAUGUUUCUUUCUCACCCUCAGUUUCUUUCCAGCAAUUAUUUAAUGCUGCUGUUAAUACUUGGUCUUCUCUAAUUUUUGUUGCAAUUUAUUAUUUUAAUUGAUCAGCAUAGUAUUUUUUUUAUUUAAAAAAAAAAAAAAAAAACUCACCAAGCCUUAUAAGAAUUAUCUUGUGCUAGACCAGUGACACUUGAUGACAUACCUAAUCUUUAUUGGUUCAUGCAUUCAAAAUGUAUGAGAAGCACUUGAAUGAAGUUGAAAGCAGCUAGUGGUGUGUUUUUUUCUCCUCUUAGAGGUUCUGUGAUUUGUGACAAUAGUCUCGUCUAAUGGUCCCAAGUGUGCGAUCACCUGCUCUGCAGUUCCCUUUUUUCUGCCUUUUGUUUUAUUUUGUUGUAUUAACUGACAAAACCGUUGGAAAGGCAAAUUCAGCUUCAGAAAAUGGCAACAUCAAUGAGAAAGAACCAUGUACCGACUAAGUCAUUUUAUUAAGAAUUAUUUUAAUGUACCCUCUAAUUUCCUGUAGAUUUGUGUAGGUACACCAUCUCCUCCCCUCCCAUUGUUUUUUUUUUUUAGGGGGGGGGGGGGUCUUGAGAUUUUGUAGAAAAAAUUACAAUCAAUAAAUCUGGAUUUUGGAUCUAAUAUAAUGCUCUAUGGUUAUCACUUGUUUCACUGAAGACUCCUUGUGUGUAAAAGAAACAGUGUUCUUAAUAUCUUAGAAUUGUUCACCUCAACAUGGAAUAAAUAAACAAGUAUAAAUUUAACUGUCUUGUAAAA